GGCUGCGCGUCGAGAACUUACAAAGGAUAGGUUGCGUUGCCGCCACCGCCGCUGCCGCCGUUUCCCAUCCUAUAUAUAUAUAUAUAUAUAUAUAUAUGGCGGUGAAAUACUCUAUAUGGCGCGCGCGAGGGUGGAUGUGGAGGGACUUUGAAUUUCGCUCUUCUCGUCGGUUGAUUGUUGCUGGGUUCAGCUUUUCGCUUUUUGAACUGCCACCGGUGCGUGAAUUGGAGCAGAAAAAGUUGACGAUAUCGAGUUGACAAGGGAAAACAAACAUAAGGCGUUUAUGAAAAUUACUUAUGUAUAUAAGCCAGCAUCGACAGCUAAAGAGGUUGCGUUUGAAUGAUUUGCAAAAUAUUGCAAACGCGGCAGAAUUCUAGUUGCACAGAUGGCGCGCGCGUCGAGAGUUUAUCCCUAUAGAUGCAGACGCUGUUGCUCGUUAUGCCUUCCCAGUUCCCAGUAUAGUUCCAGUUCCACACUGCGUCAGUCUGGUCUAGCUAUAGUGAUGUUGAUGAGUAACACGCCGUAGCCACUGGAACAUUCGACAAAAGCCGUCUAUUUGUCGUUGGAUUAUUAAACAAAGUAGUGAUUCUUUUAGACGAAAAUCAAGAUGAUCAUCCCUGUGCGGUGUUUUACCUGCGGAAAAGUCAUUGGAAACAAAUGGGAAGCCUACUUGGGCCUGCUGCAAGCGGAAUACACUGAAGGUGAUGCCUUGGAUUCUCUGGGUCUCAAGAGAUACUGCUGCCGCAGAAUGCUUCUUGGUCAUGUGGACUUAAUUGAAAAGCUUCUCAAUUAUGCACCGUUGGAAAAAUAAAUCCAGCAACUCAAAACACACAGAACAACAAGAAGCUUACUCCUGUAUUCAUGUCAACCAUGCUGUCUACAUAAGUGAAACUUUGUGAAAAUGAACAGUACAGAUAAAGUUUACGGAUCGCAUUAAACAAGUGAUUGUUAAAUUUAAGUUUUAGUACAAAUAAAUUUAUAAGUAAACCCUCUAA